CUUUUAACUAAUUGAUUGUUUGAUUUAAUUUUUUUAUAUUCUAUUGUUUGUCAAUUUAGUUAUUGAUUUGUCUCACUUGUGUUUAAAGUCUUAACUGUGAUCAAUUAGCUGAUUAGAAGGUCUAAUUUAAUUGUUUAACAAUUUGUGCUUUUCUCCUUCUCUUCUAACCAGUUAUGCGUCUUAAAUGGGAUAAAAAUGGUGGAACCAUAUUGGAUGAUCCAUUUCUAUCAAAAUUUACUGGUAAUAAGAUGAUGGCCAUUUUAAAUUCUAUUCCUUCGGAAGAUGAAGAGGUUUUAUAUGAUGAUUUGGAAACAAGUAGAUUAAAUAACGAUUGUGGUAGAGGUGAUGACGAUGGAAUUGGUAAAGGAGGUUUAUUACUUUCAUCUUCUUCCAAUAGUAAGAACAUUUAUAAAGGUAUUCUAUUCUCAGCCAUGUCAAGUAUUUUCUUUUCCAUGUCAUCGGCAAUUGUUAAAUAUCUCAAGAAUAUCCAUCCGGGCGAAUUGGCAUUAUUUCGAUUUAUUGGUAUCUUCAUUCUUUCCAUUCCUCUUGUGAUCUAUCAUGAAGAAAAAUUCCUUGGACCAGCUGAUCUCCGUCUUUUUCUAUUAUUUCGAGGUAUCGCUGGAUCAACUAGUCUUUUCCUUCGUUUCUGCGCCUUUCGUGACCUACCUUUCGUCGAUGCUUCCGUCAUCAUCUUCACGGUCCCCAUUGUAGUUACCAUUUUUGCUUGUGUCUGUUUAAAUGAGCCUUGUGGAAUUUUUCAAACGAUAAUUGUUGCAUUAACUAUGAUCGGACUUUGUUUAACUGUCCGAUUACCAAAUUUACUAGAGGAAGAAGGAGUUGUUCUUAAUCAAAUAUUAAACAAGAUGCCAAAUGGAUCGUAUUUACAUGAUACAAGUCAUCUGAUAGCACCAAAUAAUCAAACAAUUACCAUUUUCAAUCAUCACGAAGAAUCAUUUCAUUUAAAAGAUUUCUCCGAAUCAAAUUAUGUUCGAGGAGUUUUGGCCGCCCUUUCAUCAACCUUUUUCGCCGCUUCAGUUUACAUUAUUUUACGUAAAGCUAAAUCAGUUCACCAUUCAGUGAUCAUGUUCAAUUUUGGUGCAAUCGCCAUUGUUGAGACAGGCCUAUUAACCAUUAUACUCGAUGGUUUCUCUCUACCAGCCACCUCAGAGGAAUGGAUUCUCAUAGCUCUUCUCAUGUUGUUCAGUUUCUUUGGUCAAAUACUAUUAACCAAAUCUCUUCAAUUGGAACAAGCUGGUCCCGUGGCAAUAGUUAGAUCAGCAACCGAUAUUGUCUUGGCAUUUGCUUGGCAAAUUUGGUUUUUCAAUCAAACCCCCAAUUUCUGGUCUAUCAGUGGUGCCUUUCUGGUUAUAUUUUGUAUCCUAUUGACCAGCAUAAGAAAAUGGGUUCUAUCUCUACCUGAACAUUCAAUGAUCAAGCAUAGACUGAAUUUUGUCAGAUGAAAACAAAAGAAAAACACCAAAUCCUUUCAACGUGUUACCAUAAAAACUUAAACUCUAAAAGUAUUACCAUUAUAGUGAAUUGUGAAUUAAUGGCAAUCUGCAAUCAUCUCUUUCCAUGUUGUGAUAAUUAUGGAUGGAAAACAAAAGUUAUCUUCAUCUUCAAUAUACAUAUUGUUAAAGCCAAAGCAAACAUUAAAUUAAUCAAAUAUAUUCCCCAGCCAUAUACAUACACUUUCCAUACGGAUAGAAUCAAAACCAAAACCAUCAAAUAGGAAAGGAAAGGAAACGGAAAAGACUUAAAAUGAAAAGUAACCCACAAAGCUCAUGGUUAAAGACUGAUUAAUCAUCUUUCAAUUCUCCUUCUCAUUUCCAUCUCUACAAGUCGUGAUUAAUGAAAUCAUCUACAAUUACAAUUGAUUAUCAAUAUAA